AUGGUAUUAGUAUAGUAAAGACACGGAGACACGGAGUAUGUACAUUUAGUAGCUCGCGCUUUCGCACUGGACUCAUCAGCUUAAUUCCAGAUACAGAUUCGUUGAAAAGUAGAUUUUGUUGGCUAAGCUGGUCCGCUGCUCAGAUUCGAAGCUUCCGGUCGUCGCGGGCCGAUCACGGAAACCGGUUUCCCCUUCGCGUUCGAGUGUGAGAAUUUUGGGGCUGCCCGUAUAAUGAGCACCGUAAAUAACGUUCAGCUUUUGUGCAUCGCUGAUCCACAGCGGGCACUGGCGGCCAGUCUCGUCAUCGAGGGAAACAUCAAACACUUUCAGUACGCGCUGAGUUGUGGUGCCGAUCCGAAUGUGCGCGACGAACGCACCGGGUUCACAGUGUUCGAGCAAGCUUGCCAGCGAAGCGGUAGCGCCGAGUUCAUUCAGGAAUGCUUGGAGAACGGAGCCGAUGAGCAGGCGCAACACGAAAGUGGGCAAUAUCCCAUCCACUUUGCAGCAUCGUCGCUAGACCCGAACAACAUUCGAGCGUUGCUGAAGUACUCUGCCAAGACAAUCGAUGCGCGUUAUCAAAAUCGAACACCGUUGCAUCUGAUCUUCGAGGCGAUUGACGCAAGCAACUGGAGCGACGCUUUCGAGUGCGUUAAAGCGUUGCUGAAGAACGGCGCGGAUAUUAACAUCCCCAAUGGAGAUAACCGGACACCACUAGGUGUAUUUGUAAAGAACUCUAAAGGUUGGAAGACGAACGGCGAGAAUUGGAGAAAGGACGUUCUGGAGUACUGUCUGAGCCAGACUAACGUGGACGUCGACACCUUCCGGAAAGGGGAAUUGAGGAAGAAGAUAGGGGACUUCUUCCCGGACACCAAGAUACCCUCCUACGUCAUGGAGACGAAUUUGAAUGUUCUGAUAUCUCUGCUGAAGUCACACAAGGACGCAAAGUUCGAGGUGGCGUACAGGCAGUAUAAGGAUAAGAACCAACAAGAUACAGUCCAAUGGAGGAAGGACAAAACCGAGUUGGUGAAGGCUGCCGUCCACGCUGGAUCCUUGGAAGCUGUGAAAAAGUUGUGUGACGACGAAUACGUGUUCGACGCAGAUUCGGGACUUCCAGAUCUACUCGCCCGGUGCUGUAGCUUCGGGAAUUACGACAUUCUAGAGUAUUUGCUAGGCCAAAUCGGUCACACGGAAAAGGAUAUCAAACAGAUCAACACGGAGCCGCUGCUAUCGCUGGUCAUCAAAGAGAUUAACACCCUCAAAAAUAAGGAGAAAUGUCCGUUCCUAAAGUGUCUGAAAUGUUUGCUCGCAGAUCCACGCAUCGAAAUCGACAAAACAGAUGACAAAGACUUCAGUGCCCUCCAUUACGCCGUGAAAUACAAAGUAGACGAUGCAGUAGAUCUGCUGCUGAAAAGCUCCGCCUACAUUGGCAAGCUGAACAUGUUCAAGGAGCUGCCCAUCUGUGAAAUGAGCCCCGAAGUUCUGGAGAACUACCUCGAUUCGUGCCUUACCACCAACGAUAAGCGACCUGGAGACGACGAGUAUGAAAUCAAUAUCGAUUACUCGUGUCUAGUUCCACCAGAAUACAAAUCCAAUUUCACCGGCGAUAGAACAGCGAACGCAAGCAAUAUUGCCGACGAAAUGUUACCGAUCGUCUACAUGUCCAAAUCAUCAGACCUAAAACACCUUCUGAAGCAUCCGGUGAUUUCCAGCUUUGUACUGAUCAAAUGGCUAAGGUUAAGUCUCUACUUUUACAUCAACUUCCUGAUAUGCACUCUCUUCUUCCUCUCCUUCACGUGGUACGUGGUCGGAUGCUACGGACAAGACAACGUCGAUCAAUUCCUCAAAGAAUCUCUCAGACUGCUCUCGCUUGCGGGCGCCACCUACAUGGCAUUGAGGGAACUCGGCCAGAUGAUGCUGCACGUAAAGAUGUAUUUCACUUCGCUGGAGAACUGGAUGGAGAUAGUGCUCAUCGUGGCGGCGUACACCGUCCUUCUGAAAGAAUUCCAUGCCGACGUCAGGCAGGUCAUUUCCGCCGUAGUGAUCCUUCUGUCUGCCGUCGAAUUCACCUUACUGGUGGGUUCGCUACCGGUGCUCUCCAUAUCCACACACAUGGUGAUGCUGAAAACCGUGUCGAAAAACUUCCUCAAAAGUCUGAUCCUGUACUCGAUCGUGCUGGUUUCGUUUGCGUUCUGCUUCUAUACACUGUUCAAUGUGGGAAGCUUCAAGGUUCAAAGUAAAUCGGGCACAACAGAAGAGGGGACAGAAGAGAGUGCAGGAGAUGAGGACAAGUUCAACAAGUUUGCCGAUAUCCGUACGUCACUACUCAAAACCGUGGUAAUGUUAACAGGAGAGUUCGAAGCCGCCAACAUCCAGUUCGACACCAACAGUACGAGUUACCUGAUUUUUGUUCUGUUCAUAUUCUUCGUGGCCAUCGUAAUAUUCAACCUGAUGAACGGUCUGGCUGUUAGCGAUACCGCGGCAAUCAAAGCUGAGGCGGAACUGAUUGGAAUGUCGCAAAAGGUGGAAGUCAUUUCCAAGUACGAGAACGCGCUGAAAACGACGAAGAUCGACGGUUUUCUCACAAAAUUCAUCUUCCGACUAUUCCCAUCGAAAUUCCUACAGCUGUUCCCGGAGUAUCUGCCGAUGCACUACGUCAUAGUGAAGCCCAACCAGUCGAACAUCAUCCUCAUACCACGGCCCUACUCCAACAUCGACGCGGUCUCGCGCGUCGACGUCGAAAGUCACAUCGAACUGCUGCCCCUCAACAAACAACCGGAAGAGAAGAUCCGACUGACCAUCGGGUGUUGCGUGCUACCCUCGUUCUCCCGAAUGGAUGGGAAAAUCAUGAAAUACGCCAAGGAGAUUUUGCAUUCCCGGAACCGGAAGAGCCAGUCGACCGAUAAGCUGCAACCCCUGGAGGCACGACUGAGCAAGAUUGAACGGGAUAUCGAUCGGAUUUUACAAUACUUGAGUCACUCUCAAACCGUUAAGUAACACGUGAUUUCGUUUGUAGUGCGCUGCUCUUACUUUACGUUUAAGACCAUAGUUUAUUUAUCUGUUGUUUGGAUUUCAUCGUUUCACCAUGCAUUUCUCUAUGUUUACUAUUACCUACGGUAACACGUUUGUUUCAUUGAUAUUGAACUGAACCUAGAGCUGUUAUAACUUUAAUAAAGCAUUUUAUUUAAAACUA